AUGCUCAAAUUAGAUCGAUCACUUGUCAACCCGGCUUGGUCGGAUAGCUUUCCCUCCGGAAGAUGUCAGUAUCUAGGUUUUGAAGCGUCUGAUCAUAGGACCCUAAUCACGGUCUUUGAUUCAGCUAAGCGCAGGCGGAAUCGUCUGUUCCGCUUCGACCGUAGGCUCCGAGAUAAUGAAGAGGUCAAGGAAUUGAUAGCGAAUACCUGGAACUCCAACCCAGAGGCUUCCGUUAACUCAAGACUGGCUCAGUGUCGUCGAGCCUUAUCAACCUGGACAAGAGAACAACAUUUCAACAGUAAGGAGAAGAUCAACAAGCUGAAGCAGAAUCUGGACGAGGCCAUGACUGACCCCCAGGGUAAUGAUGAUCUCAUCGCCUUACUAAAUGCUGAACUUAUGCUGGCGUAUAAAGCGGAAGAAGAAUUCUGGCGACAACGGAGUAGAAUUAUGUGGCUUUCACUAGGAGAUAGAAACUCUGGCUACUUCCAUGCUGUGGCCAAAGGACGAAAAGCCCGUAACAGAAUGUCGGUAAUAGAAGAUUCAAAUGGCAUUGCCUACUAUGAAGAAGAACAAAUCGCAAGCCAGAUCACUGCUUACUUCACAGAGAUGUUCUCUUCGCUCAACAGUGAUGCUACUGAAGGAGACACGAGAGAGAUUGUAGGCUCAGCCAUCAGGCCAAGCGUCUCAGAGUCAGCAAAUGCGAGACUAAGCGCCAUACCUAACACUGCAGAGAUUAAAACCGCUUUGUUUCUCAUCCAUCCGGAUAAAGCUCCUGGGCCGGACGGAUUUUCAGCAAGUUUUUUCCACUCUAACUGGAGUACAGUAGGCACUUCACUGAUCCGGGAAAUCCAAGCUUUCUUCCGAACAGGCCUUCUACCGACUGUCACCAACGUUACCUAUGUCAGGCUCAUACCAAAGUCCACAGGCGCCAAGCUCGUUUCAGACUACCGACCGAUAGCUCUUUGCAACGUUGCCUACAAAGUGAUCACAAAAAUCCUCUCUCUCAGAUUGAAACCAAUUCUCCAAGAUAUCAUCUCUGAGACACAGUCGGCCUUUGUCCCAGGGAGAGCCAUAUCUGACAACGUACUUAUAACCCACGAGAUCCUCCACUCUCUCAAAACAUCGGAGGCCGUUAUCCGAUGUUCCAUGGCUGUGAAAACAGACAUGAGCAAAGCCUACGACCGUUUAGAGUGGCGUUUUAUCGAGGAGGUUCUGACACGUUUUGGCUUCGCAGCCCCCUUUGUGCACCUGAUCAUGCAAUGUGUGACCUCAGUAUCCUAUUCCUUCCUAAUCAAUGACUCAGUCCACGGCAAGAUCAUCCCGUCUAGAGGGAUUCGUCAGGGAGAUCCGCUGUCCCCAUAUUUAUUCAUCUUAUGCGGAGAAGUGCUCUCCGGGCUGUGCUUAAGAGCUCAGCGCAGCGGACAUCUUUCAGGACUGCGAGUGGCGAUACCUGCACCGCGAAUAAAUCAUCUUCUUUUUGCGGACGAUACUAUGUUUUUCCUUGGCACGGACGACCUUAGUUGUAUCUCUCUGAUGGAAAUUAUUCACAAAUACAGAAGGUCAUCGGGACAGAUGAUUAAUGCUUCUAAAUCUUCCAUCUUCUUCUCAGCCAUGACCCCGCAGGUAAUACGGGAACGUGUUAAAUCACACCUCGGGAUUGAGAAAGAGGGCGGAGUAGGAAAGUAUCUAGGACUCCCGGAACAUUUCGGUCGACGGAAGAGAGACCUUUUCACUGGUAUAGUGGAUCGUAUAAGACAACAGGCUGCGUGCUGGUCCUCCCGACAACUCUCUCCAGCCGGUAAACUUGUUAUGCUAAAGUCGGUCCUAACCGCCACUCCGGCAUACACGAUGACUUGUUUCCAACUGCCAGUGAGUCUAUGUAAGCGCAUUCAAUCCGCACUCACAAGAUUCUGGUGGGAUGAGUCCCCGGAAAAAAGGAAAAUGUGUUGGGUAGCUUGGGAAACACUCACUGCACCUAAAGCAUUGGGAGGUCUUGGUAUCAGGGAUAUCCAAGCUUUUAACACGGCCUUACUCGCAAAACAGUCUUGGCGGAUCAUCUCGAAACCUGAUUGUUUACUUUCCAGAGUUCUUAGAGGCAAAUACUGCAGCAAGGUGUCUUUUCUUGAGGUCGAACCUCUGAAGUCUGCAUCCCAUGGGUGGCGGGGAAUUCUUGCAGGCAGAGACCUCCUGGCAACUAACCUGGGUAAAGCCAUUGGUGAUGGGGAAAGCACUAGAAUCUGGAAGGAUCCUUGGCUGAGUCCCCUUCUUCCGACCAGACCCAUAGGACCUGCAAAUGAAGAACAUCAGGACCUAGUUGUGGCGGACUUUUUAUGUCGAGGAAAUACAGAUUGGAACAUUCAGAGAAUCAAGGAAGUGCUACCUAAUUAUCUGACUGACAUACUGAAUGUAAAACCGAGCAUCAUGGGAGUUCCGGACUCGUUUGUCUGGCUAGCAUCGAGGUCAGGAGUUUACACUGCGAAAUCUGGAUAUUAUGUUGCUGCAUCAAUGGAGUUAGCUGCUAACAGAGUUGAGGCGAGACCCCUACCAGAUCAGAACCUUUACAAAUCCAUUUGGGCUAGUAAAAUACCACCAAAGCUACAUCUAUUUCUCUGGAAGAUAAUGCAAGGAGCACUAGCGCUUGGAGAAAAUUUGGCUAGGCGAGGCAUCCUCAACAACAUCUCAUGUCGCCACUGCGGAGAACCAGAGACCACAGAUCAUUUGUUUCUUCACGGUGUCUUCACACGACAGAUAUGGAGCUCACACAUCUGGUCUUCUCCCUUUGACCCAAGGCUUCAUGCCACCUUUGCGGAAGCUUUCAUCGGUUCAACAGCGGCCACUAAUCUGCCACCAUUAGGAGUAGCGACUAACCUUUUUCCUUGGAUUACUUGGGGAAUCUGGACAGCAAGAAACUACUAUGUCUUUGAGAAUAGAGUUUUCACACCUAAGGAAAUCAUAGCGAAUGCUAUCAGAUUGGCAAGAGAAUGGAGCAUCGCGCAAACAUCUCCAUAUUCAUCUCCCUCGCCACAGCUCAGCCGAACGCUUCCACCAACUCUGACAUCCCCAUUUGUAGUAUGUUUUACUGAUGCAGCUUGGCAGGCUGGAUCAAAGAAGGCAGGCUGUGGAUGGAUCUUCACGGACCACCGGGAUGCGUGGUUGAAGCAGGGAACGAGUACCUUCAACUACACUUCAUCGCCACUGAUGGCUGAGGCUCUCGCCGUCAGAACAGCUCUCCUCAAUGCCCUCGAAGCGGGCUAUACCAGAAUCUGUAUUAAAUCAGAUUGUCAAGCACUUGUUGCUAUUAUCUCCUCGAAACAACACCCGGCGGAUCUCCACGGAAUCACUCGGGAUAUCGAGUUUCUAUCUCUCUCUUUUGAUUGUAUCUCCUUUGUUUUCAUUUCCAGAAACUUGAACUCGGCUGCUGACGCCCUUGCAAAAUCAUCUCUGUACUCUGCUCCCACCAACUAG